UGGCCCCGCCCUACGCACCCUGCUAGCCGCGGGGGCUAGCAGCUGGCGGGUCGCCCCGCCCAGAGAGUCCUCCUUGAGCCGCCAGCCCGCCGCCCGCCAGGCCCGGUGGGUGGGCGCGGGGCCACCUCUAUCGGCCCGCGGCGGUGACUUGGCUACCGUGGUCAGGAAACUCUAGCGGGGAUCCACCAACAGAGGUGGCGGCGCGGACUUUGCCCAGCGCGGGGGCGGAGCGGACUGUGUGUCCACGGGCCGGCCGCAGAGAUGUUGGCUUUCGCGGCCAGGACAGUGUCCAGGCAAGUGGCUGCCUCUUGCUAGGUUCUGCUCACCCACUUGGUAGCACAGUUAGGCUUAGAGAUCCAGCCCAAGGCAGACAGACAGGGCUCAGAACCUCAGUCCUGCCAUGGAGGACGGGCAGCAGAAAGAGAAGGUGAAGCCCCUGGGCUUCCUCAAGCCAUCCUCCCUGACGAAGGUUUCCGGCCGCUUCAAGACACACCAAGACUCACUGCCCCGGCUGCCCGUGCCCCCACUCCAGCAGUCUCUGAACCAUUACCUCAAGACUCUGCAGCCCAUCAUCAGUGAGGAGGAAUGGGCCCACACCAAGCAGCUGGUGGAAGAGUUUCAGACCGCGGGGGGCGUAGGAGAGCGCCUGCAGAAGGGGCUCGAGCGCAGGGCCAGGAAGACAGAGAACUGGCUGUCUGAAUGGUGGCUUAAGACGGCCUACCUCCAGUACCGCCAGCCGCUAGUCAUCUACUCCAGCCCUGGACUAGUACUGCCCAGGCAGGACUUUGUGGAUCUGCAGGGACAGCUCCGGUUUGCUGCUAAGCUCAUCGAGGGCGUGUUGGAUUUCAAGGCCAUGGUUGACAAUGAGACCCUACCUGUGGAGUACCUGGGGGGAAAGCCGCUGUGCAUGAACCAGUACUAUCAGAUCCUGUCCUCCUGCCGUGUGCCGGGCCCCAAGCAGGACUCAGUCGUGAACUUCAGCAAGACCAAGAAGCCGCCCAUGCACAUCACAGUGGUGCACAACUACCAGGUGGGCGCCCCGCACAGCCUCGGCCCCCACGCUACUGCCGGGGAGGCUGGGCCCAAGACAGCACUGGCUGUGACCUCUGGGCUGCUGGGACCAGGAGGCAGCCGGGAUGGCUCCUGUGGGCUCAUUUAUGAGCAUGCAGCAGCAGAGGGGCCCCCCAUCGUCAGCCUUGUGGACCAUGUCAUUGAGUACACGAAGAAGGCCGAGCUCGUGCGGUCUCCCAUGGUGCCCCUGCCCAUGCCCAAGAAGCUGCGGUUCAACAUCACCCCCGAGGUCAAGAACGACAUCGAGAAGGCCAAGCAGAAUCUCAGCAUCAUGAUCCAGGACCUGGACAUCACUAUGAUGGUAUUCCACCACUUUGGGAAGGACUUCCCCAAGUCAGAGAAGCUGAGUCCCGACGCCUUCAUCCAGAUGGCACUACAGCUGGCCUACUACAGGAUCUACGGGCAGGCAUGUGCCACAUACGAAAGCGCCUCCCUGCGCAUGUUUCACCUGGGCCGAACCGACACUAUCCGCUCGGCCUCCGUGGACUCGCUGACCUUUGUCAAAGCCAUGGAUGACUCCAAUGUGUCGGUACACCAGAAGGUGGAGCUGUUGCGAAACGCCGUGCAAGCCCACCGCACCUACACCGACCAGGCCAUCCGCGGGGAGGCCUUUGACCGGCACCUGCUGGGCCUGAAGUUGCAGGCCAUUGAGGACCUGGUGAGCAUGCCUGACAUCUUCAUGGACACCUCCUAUGCCAUUGCCAUGCACUUCAACCUCUCCACGAGCCAGGUCCCUGCCAAGACAGACUGCGUCAUGUCCUUUGGGCCCGUGGUCCCGGAUGGUUACGGCGUGUGCUAUAACCCAAUGGAGGCCCACAUCAACUUCUCUGUGUCGGCCUACAACAGCUGUGCUGAGACCAACGCUGCCCGCCUGGGGCACUACCUGGAGAAGGCGCUCCUGGACAUGCGCGCUCUGCUGCAGAGCCACCCCCGGGCCAAGCUCUGAGCCUCCCAUGCUCGGGCCUGCCGGUGCCACAGCCAAGCCACCUUCAGGUGGGCCAUUCACCAGGGCUCCGCUCUUUGCUCCCUCUCCCCCUGGGCCCCGCAGAUCUGACCAAGCUGGGGAGGGCACCCCACAGUGGGGCCUGCCAGCUAGAGCCAAGUGCCUUCCAUGGGUCAGCCCCAGCACCUGCUGGGGCUGUGUCCUGGGCUAUAUUCAGAGGCCCAGACCUUCCUCCGGGGAAAGGAACCAGCCGAGCCCAUUCCCCCAUCCGAGUGGGGGGUGGGGAAGUCCUUUUCUCCAUAGCCCAGCUCUGGCCAGUCCCUGCCAUCUGCAUAGCCGAGCCAGGUCUGUACCCGGAUCCCCAAACUCGCAAGGCCCUGAAGACAGGAUUACCUGGAACGGAUUGCUCCAGGCCUCCCUGAGGCUAAGAGGCCAGGGUGCAGGGUGCACUGGGAAGGGAAGCCUGGGGCCCCACCUCACCCCACCCUCUACCAUCUCCCACUGGGCUGCCACGCUCUUGGAGAAUGUGUCUCAAGAGCCCCGGCUCACUCGCUUCCACUCAGCUUGAUUCCUGAUCCACGUUCCUGGUUGUAUAAUAGUAACAUGUGAGGUAAUUAAUAAACGGGAAAUUUGCUGGUGAACAGGCAUUCCAGCUGAGGAGACAGGCAAACGGGGGCGGAUGCCUGGCCUUCUUCCAGCUUUCCCUGCGUCUGGGAGCUGGUGUCCAAGCAGCCGAUGGGCCUGAGGGCUUCCGGGGAAGCCAAGAAGAGGGACCCUCAGGCUUAGAUCAAGGAGCCAAGGCCAGCACCAAUCUCAGAGCUCUGGGCCAGGAUGGCAGCAGACCCAGGACCACAUUCUCACAGACAGCUCCCACCCACCUGUGACCUGGGCCUCUCCAGUCCCAUGGGCUGUGGGUGGGGACGACUCUCCCAGGGGCUGUGGGGCCCUGUAGACCUGGGGCUGGUGGGCUGUGUGUGGCUGACACCCAGGGCCCAAGGCCUCACCCCACUGCUUCCCACUGAGCCCAACAGAAGUGGUGCCCUGUCAUGGCCACCUGAUCAGAACCCUAAACCUGCCUGCCAAACUCAUGAACCUGGCAGAAGCAGCGUGUCCUGCCAGAGUUAACUGUGGAGGGAGGAGUCUGUCCUUCCAAGUGACGCUCUGACCCUAUGUCACAUGUGAGAACCCAGAGCAAAUGACGUGGGGGUGCGGGUGGGAGAGUUCAUCCAGCCUGUGAGCUGCUUCGUGGGCUGGCUGACCUGUGAUAAGCACGUGAGGGUGGGUCCUGUGGUCUUCUCCAUUUUUCAGGUGAGGAACAGGCUCAGCGAGGUUAAGGUCACUAGGCCACUAAAUGGCAGAGACCCUCAGAGGCCACGCUUGGUCUCCUUCAGGCCUGGGUAUGGGGGGUCCCUCUAGCCAAGCUCCUAGACCCACGCCACAUCCACCCGACGACCCAGGGCAGGGGUGAGGAAAGACGAAGGCCGUGGGUGGAAACUGCCCCGAGACUCAGGCCCGUGAGCCUGUGAGGAGGGAAGCCGGAGGGCCCAGCCCGGGAGGUGCAGGGAGAUGCUGGCGGGACUAGGGCGCUGACCAGGUGGAACCAACGUGUGUCAGGCACUGGGGCCUGCUGGGCCUCACCGAAUCCCCACAGCCAUCCUCCUUCUCGAUGACACUGGGAGAGAGUGUGCCACUCGCCUUAAGUCCCAGGGAGCAAGAGGUAGAACCCAGACCUUGGGAGUAGAGGGCGUUGCCCUGGGCCUGGUCACUCCUUAGCCCCCAGCAUGGUUAGCAGGGCGAGGUACUGGCACGGGGUUACACGAAUGCCCUUUCAGGCCUGGGAAAGAACUCCACCGUGACAGUACACUGACUGGGUGUCCUCAUCUGUAUAAUGGAGGUGAAGAUGUUGGGGUACCGGAGCCCCAGGAAGGCGGGAGGGAUGCAAAGCAGUUGAGUGAGCGCUAUGUGAGCAGCGCUAGGGUGGGGCCGCAGGGGAGGUGAGAGUGAGCCAGCCAAGGUCACUGCACAGACAGACACUCAGGACUCCCAAAACUCAAGUUCUAAGAACGAUACUGCCGGAUUUUCCCCCCAAAAUUCUCCAGAAAUGAGGGCAUCCCCUUGCAUUGGGGCUGUUACAAGUGUGCUGUUGGGGAAGACACAUUUAGCACCGAAACAACCCGUCAGUGUUAGAUGAAAUGCUUAGAGGUCCCUGGUGGCACUGGUGGGGAAAGACGGCAAAGAAACAAGUGAAGUUUAGUAAUGACUCCUGAGGGUGUGACCCGUGACCUCACACAUUGAAGUGUGGAAUAUGGGACAAGCAGGUGCUUUAAAGGUCUGGACGCAUGGGAGGUAAGUGUGGGGCGAUCACUCACCUACAGGAUUGAUUUUUU